AGCCGAUACUUACGGACCAUUACGCGCGGUCAUCAAAGCAGAACGUAUAAAUCACUUUAUUUUCGAACCACACGUAAACAAAAAAUAUUGAUAAAAAACUGAUUUAAUCCAAAUAAAAAAGGCUUAAAAAUGAAGCACCAGCAAGUUAGUGUGGAUUACUGGGCGAUGCUGAAGUCUAUGCUAAUGUAUGGAGUACUGACUGCGCUGGGCUGGUUGAUGCUGAGACUCUUCAACGCUGUCUUCUCACUGCCACGGAGAUUGAGGACCCAGCAAGAGAAUAUACAGGCUACCUUAGAAGAGUUCCAGCGACGAUAUCCAGAUCUGAACGUGACAGAAGAUGACAUAAAAAAUGCUGAGAAGGAACUGGAAGAAUGGAACAAAGAAAUGGAAGAAAAACUUAAUAAUAAAGAACAAGAAGCAGGCAAAACUAAAUGUGAGAUCGAUGGCAUCUGUGAAAAGUGUGAUGAACCAAUCGGAAUCCCCCAAGAAGGUUCAGAAGACAAGAAAACUAAAUAAUGUCUAGCAAAUAAAGUACUCAGACAUUUAUCCUAUAUGUUUACUAGAGAUAGAUAAAGUAUUCAUAAUAUACCUAAUAUAAGAAAGAUUCAUUAUUUAUUGAAUAAGUAGAUAAAAUAGUUAUUGUUCUACGAAUCAUUCUACAUUGCAUUGCAAAUAAUAUUUAUAUCAAUGGUGUAGAAUAGUCGCAGAAUAGUGAUAGAUAAUACUUAUUAUUAGGUUUAUAAGUACUAUAAACACAAUAUUUUAUAUUAAUACAUAGUCAUCAUAUAUACGUACAAACAUUAUGUUUACUUUUAAGUCGCGUUCUUGCCAAUUAUUAACUUUUAUAGUUCCGAUCAUAGUUUCUGCACUUGUCAGAUGGCACCCUUGGCGAUAUUAAGUCGACUGGGUUCAAUAGUUCAACUGCAAUGUUCAUGGGCGCUAAAAACAAUAGAUUCGUCAUUGUAGGAUACUUGUAAUCUGUUAAACAUUGCGAAAUGAAUUUAAGUGUUACAAGACUAAUUACAUCAGCCGUAUUAAACUAUAAUUUUUACUAACAUAGGUGGGUAAUCUAAGCAAUCUUCAUAAAACUCAAAUACUCAGCCACUCAGCCUUAUCUAUGCCCAUAACAUCGACUUAUAAAGUGCCUAUCACAGUACUUUAGUAUCUUUCAUAGUACUUUUGUAUUCUUUAUUUAUUGAUAGUACGUAACGAAGAUUCACUUCUACAUUUAUUUAUCAAUUAUAUCCUUAUUUACACAAUUUGAUGUUUUCUUAAGAU